UUAUUCUCAGUUAAUCGUGAAUUGUUGUAAUAUGCGUAUGACUUGCGAAUGUAAUGCUCAGUUAACUUAAACAAACCUGGCAUGAUGACUUAUGCAGCCUGCAUAUGUGACCUCCGGAGGCUGCUGCCUUCCGAUUGAGAAAUGGCCAUGGUUACGCCAGGCCAUGGGUGUUCGAUUUCAUGAAGCGCUGCGCAAACGGAUCACCAGAUGAAAUCAAAGUAACGCGAGAAGCUGGCCAUGCCAAUCGCUGUCGCGCUACUUUGAUGUCAUACGUCGAUCGAUGAAUUUGAAUACGCCUCUUUGCAUUCGGAUGGCAGCAUGGUCAAAGCUAUGCUUUGUUUUGAUAACGUAGUCAUGGUUUUGUUGGGAUUUUUUAGAGACUUUACCAGUUGAGAUGAUUUUAACCGAAUGACAGAGUUAGUCUCCUUUGAAACAGCUGAUCAAUGGAUUCAGCAGCACGCGAAGAGUUUGAACUGACCAAGAAACAUGAAGAUAUAUUAGAGAGCAGAGCAUUAUUGCUACAGCAGAUGGAAGCGCUCAAUGAACAACAAAAGACUAAAAAGAAACAGCAACGUCUGAGGUCUCAAGCUGCGAGCACGAGAAAUGCUCAGAUACUUAAGGACUUGGAGAAUGUUGAAAAGAAACUCCAUACAAGACAGCUCCUGCAUCCGGAUAUUGUACAUCUUGAGACUCGUUAUUGGGCUUCAGUCGAACAGAAACUGCCGGAAUGGGAGCAGUAUUUGUUGGGCGAAGGAAAGGCUCCGGUUAGUGAAACUGGAACACCAUUUGGACAAGAUAGACUGAAAUGGGGGCAACAACAUUUCUCACCUGCACAUAGCAGGAGUAAGCCCCCUCGACCCAAACCUAGAAAAUAACUGAAUAUAGACCCUUUUACAGCCUACGUGAUCAAAUAGCCUGCACACGCAUUUAGGCAACAGAAGUGGUGUUAUUCCCCAUUGGUUCUAACGUGUUAGCAACUCAGAAAGUUUAUUAAAAUGGUUUACCAGCAUCAAAAUGUCUGGUUGUUGCGUUUGGUUGCACUAAUAUAGUAUACUAAUAUAGGUAUAUAUGUAUCUCGCAACUUUAUUUUUGGCCAUCUGCUAAUGUCUUCUAUUCACUCCACUAUAGUACACGGAUCUGGUAGCUGUGUUGAAAAAGUUGAUAAAGUUAAUUUUUUUAAAUAACUUUCUCUAUCACUGCUGAUUCUUGCUAUACUACUUCCAUUGCCUAAAUGCGCGCACAUACGCUGCCACGUCAUCAUUGUGCACAAACAGUAAAAAGGUCUAUUAAAGUUUUAAUUAAAAAUAAUGUAAUUUUUUUGCAAAUGUAUCUGUUAAAAAAACAUUUCAGCUUAUUUACCUGCUAUUUAAGUAUUUUAAACGCACAGGACAUAAAAUAUUUAUUAAUUAUUCAACAUAUAUACAAUAUAUAUUAUAGUAGAAUUAGUAACAGACUAAACAAAAAUGCAUGCAUGCAUAUUUUUUUAAAUGUGUUCACUUUAAUUUUUUUAGUAGUAUGUCCACAUGGGGGCAGUACUGUCUAUAAUUUUUGUAGCAAUGGUAGUAAAAUUUUGUUUUGUUCAUAGAAAGAAAUACAUUUAAAAAAUCAGGAUCAUGUUUAUCAUUAUCUAUUAUUAAAAGAAAACUAAUCUCUUCAUACCAUCUUUACCAAAUUGUUAGUUAUUAAAAUACGGUUUAGGUUUCUUGUUUCCUUUAAGUUAAAAUGAAAAAGGUAUCUAUAAAAUGACAAAGUUUGUUUUCAAGAAAAACUUUUAAGCAAUUAACUAUCAUAUUUUUUAUUUUCCCCUAUUCCUGCAUAAGCAAAUAACUGAAGCUAGGUUAUUGUUGCAUUGGGCUUUGUGGGCCCUGCAAAAAGUCCAAAUAAAUGAUAUAGACCUACUUGCAUAUUUAGCAUGAAGAUUACUAUGGUCCUCUUGAAUAUUUUCAAAUUUCCAUUUGCAAAUGUGGACAGCUUUUGAACGCUCUCAGUAAAAAUGAGGUCAUGACUGCCAUUACACAAAGCCUCUCUGAGCACUUCAACUAUCUUCACUAUAAUUGCUAUUGUAUUGUGUCUUUAUUGAAGGGUCAGCCACUUAAAGUUCAGCUGAGUGUUAAGUUGACUAGAACUUUGAAUGCAUUUUGGUGCAUUUUGGUUAUUAAUUAGACUUGCUUUUGUGCUAGUCGUUUUACUCAUUAAGGUUGGUGGUUUAAUGAAUAUGGAUGUAAUAAAUGCCACAUUUGAGGUUAA